CCUCAUUACAUAUCUUGGAUCCCUCUCCAUUUCCUUUCAACUAUGUUUCUCUCUGUCUGAGAAAAUACAAAAACAGAGCAACUUCCAUUUGUUUUCAUGGCACUCUUAACAAAUUCCUUCCAAGAUCACAAGAAACCCCUCCCCAAUAAACGCCGGAAAAAACAUCCAAACCCAACUCCCUCGCCUUCCACCGCCCAAUCCUCAUGGGACCAUAUCAAGAACCUCAUCACCUGCAAACAGGUUGAGGUUUCUAGAGUUCAAGAGCAGGGAAAACGGUCGCCGGCCUACUCGAAGUUGGGAUCUUCUUGUAGCUCUAUAUGUAGCUUUAGAGAUGUGGUUCAUGGCAAUGCUAAAGUGGUUCAUAGGGCCGAUAACUCCCCGGAAAGCAGCUCCGUCGGACAGGAAACUAGGUUACUUAGUAGGAAAUCUGCAAACGGUUCUUCUUCUCGUUCUUUAACGGCGCCGGCUCCGGCCAGAACUAAAAACGGUGGUUCGGGUUCUGCUUCCUACAAUUCGUCGUGUUCUAGAGGAAUACAAUUACGAAAGCUUUCUGGGUGUUAUGAAUGUCACACCAUCGUCGAUCCUAGCAGGUUUCCAAUUCCAAGGAGUUCUAUAUGUUCAUGUCCUCAGUGUGGAGAGGUUUUCCCCAAGAUCGAAAGCUUAGAGCUUCAUCAAUUAGUUCGUCACGCUGUAUCGGAAUUGGGUCCUGAGGAUUCUGGUCGAAACAUCGUGGAGAUUAUUUUUAAAUCAAGCUGGCUAAAAAAGGACCGUCCAAUUUGCAAGAUCGAACGUAUAUUAAAGGUCCACAAUACCCAACGCACAAUCCAACGGUUUGAGGAUUGUCGUGACGCAGUGAAGACACGUGCACUUGGAAGCUCCAGAAAAAACCCGCGAUGUGCGGCCGACGGUAAUGAGUUGCUGCGCUUCCACUGCAGCGCCUUGUUGUGCGACCUUGGCUCACGUGGCUCCACCGGCUUGUGUGGCUCGAUUCCCGGCUGCGGUGUCUGCACUGUCAUCCGUCAUGGAUUCCAGUGUAAACCCGGUGGCCCUCCUGGUGUACGCACCACUGCUAGUAGUGGAAGGGCCCACGAUUCGUUUGAGUGCGGCGACGGACGUCGACGGGCGAUGUUGGUGUGCCGUGUCAUCGCCGGCAGAGUGAAGCGUAUCUCGGAGGAUGCUGGGACGGGGACGACGACAACGGCUACGGAUCAGGAGGAGAAUGUGGUGACGGCGGCGGCGGUGGCUGCCUCAUACGACUCUGUUUCACGGCACUCCGGGAUGUACUCGAAUCUGGAGGAGUUGGUUAUUUUCAAUCCAAAGGCUAUCCUUCCUUGUUUCGUUGUGAUCUACGAAGCGCUCCAAAACUAAUUAACGACGUGGUUUUGAAGAAAUAUAUGGUUGGUUUAAUUUAGUUGUAUUUCUUCUCUUCAUUUAACUUUUCUAGCUUUUUCUUUUAUAUUUUUCAAUUAUACUAUUACCCUUUUUUGUGGAUGUUAAAUGUGAGCAAUAAUAAGAAUAUCUAAAUAUUUAAUGAGUUCAAA